AUGCUUUUCUUAUUAUCUCAUCUCAUAAGCUUCCCCAACAAGAUCCAAAAGCAUACAUUGAGAACUCUUCUUACCAAAUCCAAUACUUUGUCAAUAAAAGUGGCAUCUUUCAAUAUUAUCUUCGAUAAGCAACUUUCCAUCAAAAUGCAACUCUCUAGCAUCCUCCUACUCGUAAUUCAUGCUGCUGGCGUGCUUUCAGCACCAUCGACCACAGAUGAAAGCUUUGCUCCUGACUUUGCCAACUCCUCCAUUCCCCCUCCAGGACCAGAGUGGGAAAAUUAUAUUGACAGCGCCGUAAGUGCCGAAUAA